UCCUCCCGAACCGGAAAAAUAGGAGCAGCGUUGUCCACGGACCUUGGUUAGGCAGAAAUGGCGCGCUCUCUGCAACGGGGCCUCAACCUCGUUCGAUCGGCUUUCAUGUCCACAACGAGAUCGUUCUCUUCGGACGCUUUGGUGGAAGUCAAGCCCGGUGAGAUCGGCAUGAUUUCUGGAAUCCCUGAAGAACACCUUCGAAGAAGGGUCAUAAUUUACUCACCAGCUCGAACUGCAACACAGCAAGGCUCUGGCAAAGUUGGGAGAUGGAAAAUUAAUUUUCUGUCUACUCAGAAGUGGGAAAAUCCAUUGAUGGGUUGGACAUCAACCGGGGACCCAUAUGCCAAUGUUGGUGAGGCAGGACUCAGUUUUGAUAGUGAAGAGGCUGCCAAAGCAUUUGCUGAGAAACACGGUUGGGAAUACGAGAUAUUAAGGAGAAUAGGAUCAGACAAAAUUGUGCACAGCAUAAACUAAUGACAUCUCAUUAAGAAGUUAAGAGUACAUUGACUUCUUCUCGAUAUGCAUGUAAAUGAGUUGAUUUAUGAACUUCAGUUUAUCCCUUCUCUUGUUUCCAAUGACAUUUGUUUAUCUGGGUUGAAAAAUACUUACACACACACAUAUAUAUUACUUAUCAAAAGAAAAUUAUCAUUAUUCCCUUUGAAGUAUCGUGCAUCAAGCCAAUAGUAGACAAUCAUAAUAUUGAAUUACUUUUUAAAAUGCAUUCUUGUAAUUAGAUAGAGUUAGAAUUGUAGAAUAAAAUGCAUUCUUAUGAUUAUGUAAAAUUACUUGUAAAAAAAAGUGUAUAAUUAUUAACUCAAGUAACUUUGUUGUGACCAGAUUUUUAUUGUUAUUGUUACCUUCAGUCUGUUAUCCUCAUAUAACACAUCAUUGACGCACCAUUUGUUUCU